AUUUUUUUUAAUUAUUCUUCGUUUUUAAUGUUUUUCGAUGACCAUGUCUUCCUCUCCCUCUCACCUCCAAAUUUUCCCUCAUUUUCUCACCUCCCCUCAAUUUUCCCGCACUUUCCCUCCGGCGACACGCAAUCCUCUCCGUCUCCGACCACUCACCGCCUUCAAAGAAUGGCGCGACUACGAAGAAGCAGUAAAACGAAAGGACCUCGCGGGAGCUCUCAGUUUCCUAAAAUCCCUCGAAACCGAACAACGCGUAACUGCGGAGCCGUUCACCGAUGGAGAUUCUCUGGUGGCCGAGUUGACUCGGUCUCGGUUCCGUGAGUUGGAGAUGUUCGGUCCGCAGAGGGAUUGGGAAGUUCUUGAUACGUGUAUGAAUGCGGAUAAUAUGAAACUUGUUGCGAAUGCUUAUAAGUUUCUUAAGGAUAGAGGUUUUUUGCCUAAUUUUGGUAAAUGCAGAAAUAUUGUUUUGGAGGGUCCAAGGAAUGUAACACCAGAUGUCUUGAGCUCCUCAACUGGUUUGGAAGUGACUAAACUUGCUCCAAAGAAGUGGGGUCUCUCGGAUGGUUCAAGCACUGCUUUGUUUGCUUUUUUUGGUGGCGUGUCUUUUCUUAUUUCACAAGGAAUAGACCUCAGGCCCAACCUUGCAGUGAUAUUAGGUCUAGCCUUUGCAGAUUCUAUAUUCCUGGGAGGUACCUGUCUAGCUCAAAUAUCAAGUUACUGGCCACCAUAUAGGCGUCGAAUCCUCAUUCAUGAAGCUGGACAUCUCUUAAUAGCUUACCUAAUGGGAUGCCCAAUUCGAGGGGUGAUUCUAGAUCCAAUAGUUGCAAUGCAAAUGGGUAUCCAAGGACAGGCAGGGACUCAGUUUUGGGAUGAAAAAGUUGCCAGCGACCUUGCUGAAGGCCGACUAGAUGGUUCAGCUUUUGACAGGUACUGUAUGGUACUUUUUGCUGGCAUUGCAGCUGAGGCUCUUAUUUAUGGCGAGGCAGAGGGUGGAGAAAAUGAUGAAAAUCUAUUUAGAAGUGUCUGUCUUCUUCUUGAGCCUCCAUUGUCUGUAGCAGAGAUGUCUAAUCAAGCAAGAUGGUCGGUUUUGCAAUCUUAUAAUUUGCUCAAGUGGCAUAAAGCUGCACACCAAGCUGCUGUUAAAGCAUUGGAAAGUGGUGGCAGUCUGAGUACUGUAAUUAGGAGGAUCGAGGAGACAUUGUAUUCUGAAAAAUGAACAUUUGAAGUUUACAUAAAAGAAUUGCCUUUAAGUUGCAUACAGGGUUAUCACAGAUUUGCAAUGGAUUUGACGUGGAACUGGUUUAUAUUUACCAUUGUAUACUUGCAGAUGCCGCAUGUAUAAGAUCUUGUCUACCAUAACAGAAUCAAUCAAAUGACUAAUUUUAUGUUUCAGCAGGUGACAUUAUUGAGGUUGAUCCCAAAUUGUGUCCAACGUGGUUAGAUAUGUAAUACCAGUGGAAAUCAAGUCAUUGUAUUUGUGAGAAUGAUAGCUGAGUUUAGAGAGGUUCUAAGCCGUGCAUAAGAUUUCUGUUACAAAUUAUAGAAAAUGGUUUGUAAAUAAUAGUCAUUGAUAGACAAUUGUUAUUUACUGUUUCAAUAAAAAGACAAUUGUUAUUUACCAUGUUCCAUAAUGUAUUAGCAAAAGCUAUAAGGUCCUUUGUAAAAAUA